GUGCAAUGGAAGAUAGCGAGCGAUUCAGCCAGUCGGCCUGCUUGAAUAUACUAGUUAUACCGAUAAAGCCAGCUAGGAAAUCUGUCUACAAAAGUUCUUUCCAGUCGUUGAGCAGUUUCAAACAGAUAAAAGGCUCAGAAGUACCGGGAUUUUCAACAUUUCAUCCACCGCCGCUUUCACCAACUAGUCACAGUAUACAUAUCAAUUACCACUCAAAUCCAAACAAUAUCAUAAAUGAUCCACAAAUAGCUUUUAGCGAUCAAUUCCAUGCUCUGAUAGGCAUAGUGGACUGCCCAUCGCACCCUACUCUAGAAGCAGCCAAUGAGGCUUUUAAUGAGACAGUAGAAUGUCUACCUCAGCAUAUCAAGCCGCAUAUCAAACGGUGCUGGGCUUUCCAACCUAGAGACAGCGAUAGAACAGUCGCUAAUCCCUCAUCACAAUUAGUCUUAGUUGAAGAUAGUGCAUUUUACUUAAAUACCCUGAUAGCUGAUAUUGUUGGCAGCGUACUCUCCUGGUUCGCGGACACGGCAGGCGAAAGACGAAGGAAUGACGGUAGACAGUCCAAGCUAUAUGGUGACCUUUUCCUCAUGUCGGGUAGACUCAAAGAUAGUCUGACGUCUUAUAACGAUGGUUUAUCACAAAUGCGGGCACCUCAUGACUCGUUCCACCAAGCAUCUGCUAUUGAAUCUCAAGCGAUUGCUCAAGUAUUGCUAUAUUGGCAGAAAACAGACGAUGUACCAUCUCAUCAUUUAAUUGAAACACCUUGGUCAGGUAUUUGUGACAAAUUCAACAACGCACUGGCUGUGUAUACACGCUUACUAAAUACAUCAAUCAAUAAAGCGCUUUCAACGAGCUCAACUACAAAUCUGACCAAUCUGCCAAGUCAAAAUCAUGAUUUAAUUGCAAUAAGGGCUUUUGUUAGGGCUACUUUGAGGCUUUCACAAUUCCUUUUAACGGUGUGGGCCUGUGAGGGUCUCAACGACAACUCUUUGAAGGCUUUAGUUGAGGGUGUAACGCCUUCUUUUUUGGCGACACAACCAGAUCGCGACUCUAUUAUCGAACAUGCUGAUAAGAUGCCACAUUUAGCUAGAUCACAAAUUUCAACUAUUGCACAACAAGCUCAUGGCACCCAUUUAUUCCAUCUCAACAAGGUUGAACAACUGCGGGUAAUACUCACAUUGAUUCAUUUACAUGACAGUAUUGGAUUUGCGCGCAAAGCUGCGUAUUUCCGUCAAGAAGUUGUCGUAAUCUGCGCAGAUUUAGUGGAAGCAUCGCGGAAUAAAAGUCUCAUCCAAUCGUCAGAUUCUAAACUGAUAGUAAAUCAACUUAACGACAAUAACGAGUUAUUGGUUAAAAUACUUGAUAAUAUUUGCGACGUUUACGGUAUAGAUACUCAAUCUACGUAUUUGUAUGUAAAUGGGGAGGAGAGUGAAGCGACGGAAAACGUACAACAGGAAGUUGAGAAUAAUUUCAAGUGGAUCUCUGUACAGAGGGAUUUCUUAAGGGAUGCAAUGACGGUUGUGCAACACCUCGGUGAUCUCAAUGCUGUUAUCAAGUAUGCAGUUAUAUUGCUAAAAGUCUACCAUGCUAGUUUACCAGCUGCUGAGCAAGUUCGACUAGUUCAAAUCAUGCUCGCUGCUUUGGAAGCACUUAGAAGACGAUCGACAACUUCUGUCGAACUCGCUUUUUGGUCGCCUGAUCUACUCCUCAGUUUGGAGGUUAUACCGUGCACCGACGAGACGCUUCCUUUUGCUACCAAUUCUCAGCAGACGGUGCUGCAGAAACUUGCGAAUACUCCUACUAGACGUGCUACCAGAAUUGCCAAGUCUAUAGCAGUACAAGAUGAAUACGUAGAAGUGUCAGCAACAGUGCAUAACCCCUACAAAUUCACAUUGGAGCUGCAAGCUGUGGAACUAAUCACCUCAGGUGUGACUUUCGAAAGCGAAAAGUUGGACGUCUAUUUGGCACCAAAUUCAUACCAAACCUUACGGCUAAAGGGCGUGGUUAAAAGUCGUGGUCAGUUGAUAGUUCUUGGAUGCAGGAUGCAAAUGAACGGUACAAUCAAGCGAGAUAUAAUACUGCCAUUGUCGACAGCUGACGAAGAGAAACGUAAGAGUAAAGUACGCAGUGAGAGAUUGGAAAAGAGGAGCAAGGUUAAGAGCACCGGUUUGAGCAGUAUACCAUCUUUGCAAAGACAGAGUAUGUCGAGCAGGGCAUCUACCGUUACUUCAAUGAAUGAUACGCGAAGGGCGACAUUAACGAGUAUCUCGAGUGGUGUCAAAGCACCACAAUAUAUUGAGGUUGCUGUUGUAGCCUCCCUCCCUACGCUCAUUGUGGCAGGAACUAAUCUUAGUCAUCACGCUCUGAUGCUUUACAGUGGUGAAUGUACGACGCUUAGAUUGACUGUUGAAAAUGUCUCAGAUGUCGAUGUUGACUUUAUCAAUCUCAAAUUCCGCGACAAUUCAACGGAUAGCUUAUUGGAAGUAAUAGAGGAACAGCAAAGCAAACUCAUUGAUACGUAUGAUAUGGAAUACACGAUCGCACAUGAGCCAGUUUUUAAACCUUGUGUUGAUCUCUCAAAUGUCACCAUACCAGCACGCAAAAAGGCAACGUUAGAGAUAGAAUGCUAUGGUAGAAUGGGAUGUAACCAAGGUUCAAUUUUUAUAGAGUAUGGAAGUAAAAAGAUUAAUGAAAAUGAGCAAACGUAUGCACGACAACUCACAUACCCCCUUUUGUUAACUGUACAACAAACUUUGGAAGUGCAGCAGUUCACUGCCCUGCCGUUAGAGAGAUCCGGUAUGUCCGAAUCGAGAGAAUACUUUGGUUUGUGGCCUACUUCUCCAUCAAUGAUGAGUCAGCCGAUGUCACCAACAAAUCAAACUCAAAUGAGUGCGCCACAAUCACCACUGAUUGAACAAUCACAAUUAUUGCAGAAUCUCGACAAAGAUGCUAACGAAUUCCUCUUCGUGGUUGACAUCAGAAACUCAUUUGGUACACCCUUUGAAGUUGUUCUUGAAAGAACAAGAGAUGGGGACAACUACAUUGUAGAAUUUGGCGUUUGCAGACUCGUACAACCCGGCUUAACAGCUCGAUUAGUCUUGCCUAUGAAGAGGACGAAAUUGACAGAGGAGAUUGCGACGGCUGGUAUACCAAGCAUUUGCGAACGACAGUUCAUAAUCUCGCAGGCUAGUCUAACUCCACAAAAGGAAAGGGUUAUGCGUGAAUUGUUCUGGUAUAGUCAGGAGAUAUACAAGAAAGUUAGACUCUAUUGGCGUGAACCGGUAUCUACCACGGACAGACCGAGAGUCGGUAGCCUAAACCUCUACCUGCGGAAGCACAAAUUGAGUAAGAGGAUGCUCAAUGUUGUCAAAUUGGAUGCAUUGGACGUCGAGCUCAUCAAUCCGACAUGGGAGAGGUUGGAACUUGGCCGAGAAGCGCAACUACAACUGAAAAUAGCGAACAGAACAGAAAGGACUCUGAAGCUUAACUAUCAAUUUGAAGUCAGCUUGGACGACUGUUUGAUAAUCAAAGGUCCAAAAAGCACACACAUUGGACCGCUCAAACCAGACGAAGAGGUCGUCAAGAAGGUUAAUAUCCUGCCAAUUUCUAAAUCACACCUAGAAUUGCGUCUCGUGGUGCACGAGGAAUACCAAGAUAGCAUUAUCGACACAACGAAAGAUUGGGAUCUGAAAGUUCGAAACGCGGUCGGCCGCUUAGAAGCAGUGAAUUCCAAGCCUUGUAUUAUUGAUAUUUUUUGA